AUCAUUUUCAUAAUUAUGGGGUUAUUAAGGUUUUUAUCAUUUUUAAUACUAUUUUGUUUCUGUUUUGAUAAUGUUGUGGAAGGUUCUCAUAAAAUAAUUCCAGAAUAUCAAUCUUUGGAUAUUAAUGAAGUCAAUCCCAUUCACAGAACUGGAUUUCAUUUCCAACCCCAAAAGCAUUGGAUCAAUGACCCAAAUGGACCUAUGUACUUCAAAGGAAUUUACCAUUUAUUUUAUCAAUACAAUCCAUGGGGAGCUGUAUGGGGAAAUAUUGUGUGGGCACAUUCAGUUUCAGAAGACAUGGUUAACUGGGAAUCUCUUGAACCAGCCAUAUUCCCUUCCGAAGAUUACGACAUAAACGGUUGCUGGUCGGGAUCUGCUACUGUUCUUCCUGGUAACAAGCCUGUGAUUAUGUAUACAGGUAUUGAUAAAAGCAUUAGACAAAUCCAAAACUAUGCCAUACCAAAAAAUGCAUCUGAUCCAUACCUAAGAGAAUGGAUCAAACCAAAGAACAAUCCAAUAGCAAUACCAGACAAAAGCGAAAACGCCAGCGCAUUUCGCGACCCAACGACUGCAUGGAAAGGCGAAGAUGGUCACUGGAGAAUGGUGGUUGGAGGCAAAAGAAACCGCCGAGGCAUGGCACAUUUGUAUAGAAGCAAAGAUUUCAAGACUUGGAUCAAAGCCAAACACCCUUUACACUCAGUGCCACACACUGGGAUGUGGGAGUGUCCUGAUUUUUACCCUGUUUCAAUUUCUGGUACCAAAAAUGGUUUGGACACUUCUUCACUUGGAAAAAAUAUCAAACAUGUUUUCAAAGCUAGUCUUGAUAUUACUAGGUAUGAGUACUAUACUAUUGGUACUUAUUUACCUAAUAAAGAUAGGUAUGUACCUGAUAAUACUUCCAUUGAUGGUUGGGCUGGUUUGAGAUAUGAUUAUGGAAAUUAUUAUGCUUCAAAAACAUUUUUUGAUCCUUCUAAGAUGAGAAGGGUUUUGUGGGGUUGGGCUAAUGAGUCUGAUACUGAGGAUGAUGAUGUAGCUAAAGGAUGGGCUGGUGUUCAGACAAUUCCAAGGACAGUUUGGCUUGAUCCUAAUGGAAAACAAUUGCUACAAUGGCCUAUUGAAGAGAUUGAAACCUUAAGAGAUCAAAAGGUUGAAGUAAACAAUCUUAAACUUGAAAAGGGUGAUUUUUCUGAGAUUAAAGGAAUAACAGCUGCUCAGGCUGAUGUAGAUGUUGUCUUUUCAUUUCCAAGUUUGGAAAAAGCUGAAGAAUUUGAUUCAAGUUGGGAUAAUGCAGAAAAUCUUUGUGCACAAAAACCUUCCCAUAUUGAAGGUGGUAUUGGACCAUUUGGAUUACUCACAUUAGCUUCUGAAAAUCUAGAGGAAUAUACACCAGUAUUCUUCAGAAUAUUUAAGGCACCAAAAAAGAAUGUAGUUCUUAUGUGUUCUGAUGCUUCAAGAUCUUCUUUGUCACCUGACUUGUAUAAACCAUCAUUUGCUGGAUUCGUAGAUGCAGACAUAACUGAUAAUAAGCUUUCUCUUAGAAGUUUGAUUGAUCAUUCUAUUAUUGAAAAUUUUGGAGAAGAAGGCAAAACAUGCAUUACAUCAAGAGUUUAUCCAAGUUUGGCAAUUGGAGAUAAUGCACAUUUGUAUGUGUUUAAUAAUGGAAGUGAAACUGUGACUGUACAGAAUCUUCAAGCUUGGAGUAUGAAAUCACCUACGGUUAUGAACUGAACUUACCACUCUUUUAUUAGAAGAUUUAGUUUUAGUUUUUUUUUAGAUUUCUAUUUUAGUUUCAGAUGUUUAUAAUUUUCUGGUUUUAGAUUUUUAACUGGUUUAUAAUAAUAAAUAAGCUUUUUGGAGCUUCAAGUUUAGAAAUAUUUGCUGAAUUUAUAAUUGCAGAAUUGGAGUCUAAUAUUUUAUUUUCGAUUAGGAUAUAAAUUAGAAGCUCUAAUAAACGAAUGAACUACUAAAUCUGCUGACGAUUAAACAACAAAAGAAAUGAAAACAAAUUUCAAAUCCACAACUUCUGGACGAACAGCCUCACCACAGAGCCUAGUGACUCCUUCCAAUAAAAAACCAAUGCUCAUUUCUAGAUAUCUAGCCUGUUGAUGCCCUUGAUUUUGUUAGUCCUAGGCACGCAACACCGCUCAGCACCAUCCCCGACAAGUAGACCAAUCUGAGAUGACUCCAAAUCUGAAGUUUGAACAGUUUUCCAUUGCUCGAGGUAGCUUACAGCAAAUGCAAAAAUAAACGAGGCAUUGGUAGAUUUGUUUUUCCAAACUUUGUCAUUCCUUGCUCCCGAAAUGGCCCAGUAAAGGGUCGAAACAAGGCUGCGUCUGUCAUUAUUGAGUACCCGAAAAAGUAUUUACACACCAGUCUAAAAAGGUCAUACCGGCCGAGAUACUUGUAUUGAUACCAGCCUUUUCCCAACACUGAGAUGCCAACAGGCAAGAAACCAGAAUGUGAAGCACUGUUUCUUAAGAGCACAAUUUGCUAAUAAUAUCCCAUUCUUGGAUUAUAAUAAUGGUAAGAGUAAUUUUCUCAGCUUCUUCACUUUUGUAACUCACUAACAACUUGUACUAUUAUAAAUGUGAAGGGGAAGAAAAUCCAUGAAUCCAAUAUCAAGUUCCACUACAAGAAUCAAUAUCAUACAUCAUUUGAAUGAAUGAUUAGUGUAUUUUAAUGGAAUUAAUUAAUUCAUUGAUUUUGUCAUAGACAAGUGAUUUGUUUAAUUAAACUAUCAGUGUCCAUGAAACUCAAUCAUCAUAA